UAGAUAAACAUGAAACGUCAUUUUGGAGCGAAAGUUUGUCAAGAGAAGACACACACGUAGCUGUCAUUUCGCCGAAGUUUUUUUUAUUUGCCCUGGUAAAAUGUAACGACAAAACUUUAAAAUUAAAAUAGUUACGCGAUAAGUCGCGGUGUCAAAGAAAUGGAAGGUCUAGAAAUGUCCGCCAUGAUUCCUGCUCUGCAGGAGUUAGCGAGUGCCGGCGCUGCGGAGUAUGACCAGGCUGUACAGAAACCUCGACAGAUCCUGUGUCAGUUUAUUGACAGGAUUCUGACAGAUGUGGAUGUUGUCGCUCUGGGCUUGAAUAAAAAGUCCUCCUCGGAGCCGGCCUGUGUCAUGUUACUAGACUUUGUGCAGCAUAUUGUCAAAUCCUCGUCACUGAUGUUCGCUAAUCCUGCCUGUGAACCGGCUGAAUAUCCAGAUGCUACACAGAACUGUGCUGACUUCAGUAAGUGGGUCGCAGUGCGUUUUCUUCGUGUAGCAGCAGCUCCAGACUGUGAUGUCAUCCACAGCUGCGUGUCUGCCGUGCUGUGCUCUUUACUUCACACUCUCACAGUCAGGGCGCCAUUUAUCUUCAAAGAACUCACUCAGGAACUCAUUCUACUGAUGCAGGACCUCAGUGACAUACUUUACGCCCACAUCAUCACCCUGACAGGACCGGGUAACGCUGUCGGACAAACACAGAAACAGUGGCCUGUUUCUCUUCAGCGCUUCAGUGUCUCCCCUAAUUCUUCCUCACCGUACCUCACCCCUUCUCCUCUUGUGCUCUCCUCGCCUGCCGCUCUGGAGUCCUUGACUGCGGUGACGAUUAGUGUCAUCACUGAUGUUCUGAGGGGAGUGAUUUCGAGUCGUGAUCUCAGCGUGGUCUGGGAGGUGGCGUGCUCCUUCCUGGCCAACGGGAACAGCAGGCUGAGGAAGCUCUCCAUGGUGGUACUGAGGAGACUCGUGGAGCUCAGAGGGUUUUCUGACCUUCAUGCUCACGACUUCUUCACAGCCUACCUUCACUUACUGGACACACAAACUACAGUAAACACGGGUUCAGAUGAACAGUCCUAUGAAGGGGAGCUGCUUCAUUUGACUCACUGUGUGUUUCAGAAUCCUGGUGCUUCUCACACACACGUUGGCUCUGUGUACCUCUCACAGAUGUUUGAGUGUGUUUGUACCCUUGCAGGGAAAGCUGAGGCCAAGCUAGGGUCAGAGGUCACUGAAUCCCUCUGCUUCCUGUUUAGCUUCUUACUCCGUGCAGCUUCAGUUUAUUCCGGAGCUGAAGCCUUGAGGCAGCAGCGAGUCACAGAGGUCUGCAGGACACUGGUUCAAACCAUUGGAACAGGACAUCAGGCUGAAUGUGCUGAAGGAUUUCUCCGUGCAGCACUCAAGGCUGAGACUGAUGUAGUGAUGCAGAAGUCAAUAGAUGGAGAAUCUGUGGCGAAGAAAACCUGUAAGAGCGCCACCAGCUCCCACAAUAAAACAGCAAAAACAUUAUGUGAGGUGGACAUGCGUCUUCAGAGCAGUGUGUGGUCUGUGGUGAACAGCCGUCUGGAAGAGCUGCUCAAGGUUCUGAACUCAGACUCUUCAUUACCUGAAGCCUCACAAACUCUGUCUGCUCUAGAGGGUCUGGCUGUCUGUCUUCACCUGGCUGCUUUCUGCUCCUCAGCCACCAGACUUCCUCAAACCCUGUGGAUUUCCACUGAGACUCUCAGCAGGGUUUUGAAAAGCUGUCAAUCAGUUUUAGAGGGCGGAGCUCAAACUGUAACAGACCAAGACUUCGUCCAGUCUCCUCUCCAGACCACCGCCAAAGUCCUGGAUUCUAUUGUUUAUCUGACAAUGAGGAACCAAAGUGAGGAUGGACUCCUGCGGCGAGUCUGUGCUCUGUUGUCUCUUCCCUGGAUUUCUGAGAACGAGACCAGCUCGGCCUAUUCCAGUUCAGGAUUCCCAUCCUGGGUUCUCACCUUGGCUCAGAAACUCAGCUCCUUCUACUCUCCUGAGGUCCAGGUGGAUUGUGUCUGCCUCCUCGCCCUUUUGCGGCAAGGUGUGUGUGACACAUGGCGUGUGUGUGUCUUCUCCAAAGCCCUCCAGAAUCCAGAAGAGAUGGUCAGAGCUGCGGCGGUACGAGCGGCCCCUCUUUUUCUUCAUCACGUGGGAAACCUGCAUUACAACCUCAUCAGAAAAGCUUUGAGUUCCAGGCUGGAGGACAGUUCGGAGCUAGUAAAGACAGAGUUGGCUCGGAUCAUCGGUCACUUGAGCUGCAUCCAAUCAGAGCUCUCCUCGCUGAGUGAACCAGAGGCUGGAUCUGAGCAUCUUUACAAAACCAUCUACCUACGUCUCAGGCUGACAGCAGAGCAUGCUGGGAACAGCUGUGCCUCUCUGAAGGCAAAUUUUGUGAGGCCAUUUCUGCCACUGCUCAUUCCAGAGGUUCAGAGUGGAGUCAAACAAGGUUUUCUGGAAGCUCUGCCGCAUCUUUGUCAACAUGUGAACCUGACUGGUGGAGACAGCGACUCCAGAGCAGUGCUCUGUGCUCUGAUUGGUCUAAUGGUGUCCUCCGAUUCAGCAGUCAGAAUAGGCUUCAGCCAAUCAAUACGUUUCCUGUUGAUGGAACGUUCCUGGAACUCUGAACAAAGCUGUUUGAAUGAACUGCUGGUUUCUCAUCUUAAAGAAGCUUUUAACCAUGCUAAAGUGAACAGAGAUGAUGAGCUGAGGAACACUCUCAUCCUGACCACUGGAGAGAUUGGCAGAGCAUCUCAGGGUAGUUUGGUGUCCUUCUCUCUGCUGCGGCUGCUCCACUGUCUGUUGUCCAAAUCAUCUGCCGUGUCUGUAGCAGCUUACGCUCAGAUCAGAGCUCUGGCCACGGCCAAAGGCCUCAAACUACAAACACUCUUCAGUCAGUACAAGAAUCCCAUUUGUCAGUUUCUGGUGGAGUCUCUUCAUUCACGCCACAUGUCGGGCCUGCGCAGCACACCUGACCAGAACAGUGAGUCAGCCAAUCAGAAAGAGAUGGCUCUGGACAUCUUGGCUCAGAUCGCUCAUGCGUUUGACUUCCCAGACCUCCAUCGCUUCCUCACUAAAACCCUCCAGGUGCUGCUGCCAUACCUGGCAGCAAAGGCCAGCUCUACGGGCUCCGCCCUCAUCCGAACACUAGCUAAUGAGCUGAAGGCCAACAGGAGAGAGAUUCUGAUCAACAACUUUAAAUACAUCUUCAGUCAUCUGGUCUGCUCCUGCACCAAGGAUGAGCUGGAGAGAGCCUUCCACUACCUACAGAGUGAGACAGAAAUUAAACUGGGCUCUUUACUCAGACAAGACUUCCAGGGUCUUCACAACGAACUGCUGCUGCGUCUGGGAGAACACUACCAACAGGUGUUUAACGGUCUGGCAAUUCUGGCUGCAUUUGCCUCCAAUGAUGAUCCGUACCAGGGUCCAAGAGACAUCACUACACCAGAGUGCAUGGCCGACUACCUUCAGCCAAAGCUGCUUGGAAUUCUUGCCUUCUUCAACAUGCAGCUGCUCAGCUCAAGCGCGGGAGAGAAGAAUCGGAAGAAAAUGGCUCUGACCAGUGUGAUGUCUCUGAUGAGACUGAUGGGAUCCAAACACAUCAGCUCUGUCAGAGUGAAGAUGAUGACGACGCUGCGUAUAGGCCUCAAAUACAGAGAGGACUACCCUCUGCUCUGCUGCCAGAUGUGGGACUGUUUUGUCAGAAGUGUGGAGACGUCACACUUAGGUCCUCUACUCAGCCACGUCAUUGUCGCCCUCCUCCCUUUGAUCCCCCUGCAGCCCAAAGAAACUGCUGCUAUCAUCCGCUUCCUCAUCAUUGACAACAGGGAAGAAGUCAACGACUACCUCCAUGAGAUUUACUUCCUCCCUGAUCACCCAGAGUUGAAGGACAUCCAUGGUGUUCUGCAGGAUUACAAGAAGCUCACCGCCAAAAGCAAUGACCUGGUGGCGGCGCUGCAGCUCUCCAUGAGAGCUGUCCAACACGAGAACGUGGACGUCAGGAUUCAUGCACUGACCAGUCUCAGAGACAUGAUGCACAGCAACCAGGAGUGGGUCCUGCGUCAGGUUUGUGCGAGUGAGGCGGUGGAGCCCGUCAUCUCCAGUUUGGUGUCCGUGCUGUUGAAGGGCUGCCAGGACUCCUCCCCAGAGGCCAGGCUGCUGUGUGGGGAGUGUCUGGGUGAGCUGGGCGCCGUGGACCCUGGACGUCUGGACCUGUCCCACACACUCACCCAUGGUGACCACAACACAUUUGUGAGUGGCGUUGAUGAUCCCAACUUUGCCUACGACCUGCUCACGGAACUCACCAGAACGUUCUUGGCUUAUGCUGAUAAUGUCAGAGCACAGGACUCUGCUGCUUAUGCAAUUCAGGAGCUGCUGUCCAUCUUCGAGUGCCGUGAAGGACGGAUCGACUCUUCAGGUCGUCGACUGUGGAGGAGGUUCCCGGAACAGAUCCAGGAAAUACUAGAACCUCACCUCAACAGCAGAUAUAAAAGCAGCCAGAAGGAGGUGAACUGGUCCAAACUGAAGAAACCAGUUUACUUGAGCAACAGAGGCAGUAGGUUCUCUGAUUGGUCAGCCACCUGGGCAGGCUAUCUCAUCAGUAAGGUGAGACAUGGUCUGGCUGGUAAGGUUUUCACUUGCUGCAGUUUCAUCAUCAAACACGACUACAAGGUCACCAUCUACCUGCUGCCUCACAUUCUGCUCUACAUGCUGCUGGGCUGCACAGCUGAGGAGCAGCAGGAGGUGACGGAGGAGAUGUUGACCGUACUGACAGAGGGCGACGGACAAGGAGGGGCUCGUGUCCAGGAGACGGCGUCCACACUGUCCCAGCUCAGCAUUCAGACGGUGUUCAGCAUGUUGUCUCACCUGAAACAGUGGAGUCGCCACAUCCUCUGCUCUAAAUCCAAACAAAACGGCAACAACUGUGCCCUUCCAGAGAGCGGGGAUUAUCAGCGUGUGGUGGCCUUCCUGAAGGGAAUUCCACAGGACGUUCUGGCCAAGGCUGCUCUACGGUCCAAAGCCUACACCCGUGCCCUCAUGCACUUUGAAGCUUACAUCCUGGAAAAUAAAGAGAACAUCCAGGACCAUCUCACCUUCCUGCAGACUCUCUACGCUGCUAUGCAUGAGCCUGAUGGAGUGAGAGGAGUCAACGCUCUGAGGAGGGAGGAGCCGUCACUGCGAGAACAGAUUCUGGAGCACGAGAGCAUCGGUCUGCUCCGAGACGCCACCGCCUGCUAUGACCGUGCCAUACAACUGGAGUCGGAGCAGAUUGGUCACUACCAUGGGGUGAUGACCUCCAUGCUCGGCCUGGGACAACUGUCCACAGUCAUCACUCAGGUUAAUGGAGUUCUGGCAAACAAGUCGCAGUGGAAGUCAGAACUCAACUCCUACAGAGUGGAGGCUGCCUGGAAGCUGGGACAGUGGGAUCUUCUGGAGGAUUAUUUGAGUUCAGACCGUCAGUCCAGUACCUGGGGUGUUCGACUCGGUCAGCUGCUGCUGUCAGCUAAGAAACAGGACGGAAAGAUGUUUUAUGAGAAGCUGAAACUCGUGAGGAAGGAGCAGGUGGUUCCUCUGUCUGCUGCCAGCUACGAGUGUGGGACCUACCAGAGAGGAUAUGAGUAUAUUAUCAGGCUCCACAUGCUGAGUGAACUGGAGCACAGUUUCACUGAUCUGCAAAAACAGAGGGAAACUUCAACUCCCAGACUCAGUCAGCUGCCUCCUCACUGGACCCAUCGGCUGGAGAUGACCCAGAAUUCCUUUAGGGCCAAGGAGCCAAUCCUGGCUCUCCGUCGUGCGCUGCUCAGUCUGGGAUCUCAGUCUGUGUGUAAGGAGCUGGUGGGUGAGUGUUGGCUACAGAGCGCCCGUGUCGCCAGAAAGGCAGGACACCAUCAAACUGCCUUCAACGCUCUCCUAAACACAGAAAACACACAUCUGGCCGAGCUGGUGACAGAGAAGGCCAAGUGGCUCUGGUCUAAGGGUGACGUCCACCAGGCUCUGAUCGUCCUGCAGAAAGGAGUGGCACAGUGUUUCCCUGACGACGUGUCACUGACAGACUCUCGAAGUCUGCAGACCAAAGGCAAAGCCAUGCUGCUGGUGGGACGCUUCAUGGAGGAGACGGCCAACUUUGAGUCCAACGCUGUCAUGAAAACGUACAAGGAUGUGACCACUCUUCUCCCAGAGUGGGAGGAUGGAAACUUCUACUUGGCCAAAUACUACGACAAAGUGAUGCCAAUGGUGACUGAAAACAAGAUGGAGAAACAGGGAAACCUGAUCAGAUACAUUGUCAUGUACUUUGGAAAUGCCUUAAAAUAUGGAAACCAGUACAUUUACCAGGCCAUGCCUCGAAUGUUGUCUCUCUGGUUGGAUUUUGGAGCCAAAGUGUGUGAAUGUGAAAAAGCCGGUCGAGUAGACAGACAGAUGCGACAGGAACUGACUAAAAUCAACGCUGUCGUCAGUGAACACUGUGAAAAUCUGGCGCCGUAUCAGUUCCUGACGGCUUUCUCUCAGCUCAUCUCCAGAGUCUGUCACUCCAGUGACGAUGUCUUUGCUGUUCUCAUGGCAAUCGUAGCCAAAGUCUUCUUGGCCUACCCUCAGCAGGCUAUGUGGCUGAUGACUGCUGUCUGCAAGUCCUCCUACCCCAUGCGUAUGAACCGCUGUAAUCAGAUUCUUAAGAAGGCCAUCAGUCUGAAACAGUCUCUGGAGAAAUUCAUUGGAGAUGCAACCAGACUGACUGACAAGCUGCUGGAGCUCUGCAACAAACCGGUGGACGGGAACAGCGCCACCCUCAGCAUGGCUGUUCACUUCAAACAGCUGAAACGUUUGGUGGAAGAGUCGACUUUCAGCCAAAUUCUGAUCCCGCUUCAGUCGGUGCUCAUCCCUACGCUGCCCUCUACAGAAGGGGCAAACACACAGCACGACGCCUUUCCUGGACACUGGGCUUAUUUGGACGGAUUUGAAGACAGUGUGGAGAUCCUGGCCUCCUUACAAAAACCUAAAAAAAUCAGUCUGAAGGGCUCGGACGGACGGAGCUACACCAUGAUGUGCAAACCCAAGGAUGACCUGAGGAAGGACUGCAGACUGAUGGAGUUCAACUGCCUCAUCAACAAGUGCCUUCGUAAAGACGCAGAGUCGAGGCGGAGAGAGCUACACAUUCGAACCUACGCUGUCAUUCCCCUCAACGAGGAGUGUGGCAUCAUCGAGUGGGUCAACAACACUGCUGGACUUCGACACAUUCUCAUAAAGCUGUACAAAGAAAGAGGCAUCUACUUGUCAGGCAAAGAGCUCCGGAAACUCAUCUUACCAAAACAGGCUCCUUUCGAGGAGAAGUUCCGAAUCCACAAGGACAUUCUCUGUGCUAGACACCCACCUGUAUUCUACGAGUGGUUCCUCAGGACCUUUCCUGACCCCACAUCAUGGUACAGCAGUCGUUCUGCCUACUGUCGCUCCACUGCUGUGAUGUCCAUGGUGGGCUACAUCCUGGGUCUGGGAGAUAGACAUGGAGAAAAUAUCCUCUUUGACUCCUUCACUGGGGAUUGCGUUCACGUCGACUUCAACUGCCUCUUUAACAAGGGGGAGACAUUUGAUGUACCUGAGGUUGUUCCUUUCCGUCUGACUCAAAACAUGGUCCAUGCCAUGGGUCCUAUGGGAACUGAAGGUUUAUUCAGACAGGCCUGUGAGGUCACACUGAGACUAAUGAGAGACCAGAGGGAGCCGCUUACAAGUGUGCUGAAGACCUUCCUUCAUGACCCCCUGGUGGAGUGGAGCAAAAAAGCCAAAGGACUUGUGAAAACUCAGGCCAACGAGACUGGAGAGAUUGUCAAUGAGAAGGCCAAAACCCACGUGUGUGACAUUGAGCAGCGUCUGCAGGGCGUCAUAAAGAGCAGGAACAAAGUGAUGGGUCUUCCUCUGUCAAUAGAGGGACAUGUCCACUACCUCAUACAGGAGGCUACAGAUGACAAGCUGCUGUGUCAGAUGUACCUGGGAUGGGCACCUUACCUAUAAUAUAUUUAAAGACAAGUCUAGAGUAUAAGGGAUGUUGUGUUCAUGUUGCAAAAGAAACAUUAAAUGUUUUCAUGAAGAAAUAUAUCUGUAUAAUAUUUCCUUGUUCUCCCGUUCAGUUGUAAUUUAAAUUUAUAUAUGGUGAAUUUCUGUACAGGGUCUUGUUAUAAAGGAAUUUUUCCUAA